AACUAAAAGUUGGAGGCACCGAUUGUGAAUGGGUUGUAUUAGUAGAAAUAGAGGUAGGAGAACAGAAUGUAUUGGUAGGAAAAGAGGUAGGAGAACGGGUUGUAUUGGUAGAAAUAGAGGUUAUAAUGGUAGGAGAACAGAUUGUAUUGAUAGAAGAGCAGGUUGUAUUGGUAGAUGUAUUAGUAGAAGAAGAUAAGUUGGGCGAAGUGUUAUUGAUAGGAUUUUCAGAAG